ACUUGGUUCGCGUCCGCCGCCCCGCAUCCUUCCCCACCCAAAUCCUCGCCUCCGCCGCGCCCCGCAUCCUUCCCCACCCAAAUCCUCGCCUCCGCCGCACCCCCAACCUUCCCCACCCAAAUCCUCGCCUCCGUCGCACCCCCAACCUUCCCGAUCCGCCGCCCACGCCUUCAGCGCUGAUGGGUGAGCCGGUAGAGGAUUACUUCCUCCGCCUUCCGCCGGAGAUCCUGGAGGAGAUCCUUCUCCGCCUUCCUCCGGACGAGCCCGCCUGCCUCGUCCGCGCCUCCGCCGUCUGCAAGGCCUGGCGCCACAUCCUCGCCAGCGCGGUCUUCCGUAACCGCUACCGCGACUUCCACGGGACACCCGUCCUGGGGUUCGUGCAAGAGUGCGCAAAGUUCUUCCCGAUAUCUGCUCUCCCAACCCUCCCUGACGCAUCUCAGUGGUCUUCCGCUGCCCUGAAGGCCCUCGACUGCCGCCAUGGUCUCUUCCUCUUCGACUCAUUCGACCAGUACACUGCAGGCGAUACCGUUCAGUUCACGGUCUUGGAUCCUCUCACAGGUCAUGGUCACCGCUUUCCCACACCGCUCAACAACAGGUUGCUCUGGUACAGUGCGGCCGUGCUCUGCGCCGCACAAGCGUGUGACCACCACGGCUGCCAGGGAGAGGACUUCCAUGUGGUCAUUGUGACCACCAAUCACGUGGAAAGAGCAACCCUUGGCUGGCUCUAUUCAUCCCAGACUAACACUUGGACUGAACUCGCUACGCUCCUUCACCCAGGCAUCAUCAAGUACACCUACGUCCGUGGCUGUCCCAGUAUCCUUGUAGGCGAUGCUCUCUAUUUUGACUCGGAUCGAAUCAUUCAAUACCAGCUUCGUACAUUAGGUCUGGCUAUGAUCGAGAGACCGGCAGAUGCCAAGGGGCGUCUCAUGACAGCAGAAGACGGAGGGCUCGGAUUCGCCACCAUGGUGGAUGUACCAAACCUAACCCUGUGGUCUAUGCAGACCCGACUGGACGGAGCCGUGGGAUGGGUAAAAGUAAGGAUAAUUGAUCUUACAGUGCCGCUACCUGUCCUCCCAAUCACAGCAGCUGAUGAUGGAAUUAGUGGCGUCGCAGAAGGAGGCCGCGUCAUUUUUGUGAGUACCCGUCUUGGUACCUAUGCGCUAAAUCUCAAGUCAAAGCAAGCCCGGAUCGUGUCUGGUCCGAGAAGGAAAGUCUUUCCCUACAUGAGAUUUUACAUUCCAGUAAUGGAAGCAGCUUGCUUGGACCAAGGGCAGUGAGCUGGUGCUUGAAGUUCUUUCUAAAGCUGGAGUUACUUACUUUUGAAUUAAGGUGGAGCUGGCAGCAGUGAUGCUAGAUGUAGUUCUUUAUCUGGAGAAUACUGCUGCUGUUAUUGUUGUUGAUGGAAUUUUUUUAGUAAGCUCUUAUGUCCCUGCUUUGCAUUGUUAAGGCCCUUUCAGUCAUUUUGUGAUCUUGUGAAAUAUUGUGACAGCACCACGAUGCAAGGAUGGUUUUAAUGGGAACUGGCUGACACCAGCCUGCUAUGGAAAAAUACUUGAAUAUCAUGUAAA